AUGGCCGUUAGAAAACAGAGACUUGAUAAGUAUUAUAAUUUAGCCAAGGAAAAAGGAUACAGAGCCAGAUCAGCAUUUAAGCUUCUCGAAUUAAAUAGAAAGUACAAUUUUCUGUCGAACACCAACAUUGCAGUUGACUUGUGUGCAGCUCCGGGCGGCUGGAUGCAAAUUCUUGCACAGGAAAUGCCAUCACCGAGAAAAAUUAUUGGGAUUGAUCUAGAUCCAAUCAAGCCUCUUGGCUCUGAUACUAUUUCAUUUGUUGGUGACAUUACUACAGCAGACUGUCGACGGACCCUCAUAAGAUACUUGGAAGGCCACCAGGUGGAUAUAUUCGUGCAUGAUGGAGCACCAAGUUUUGGAUCUUCGAAGGACAGGGACAUCUUCAUCCAGAACGACCUUGUUCUUCAUGCUCUUAAGCUUGCGACUGAGUUCCUCAAGGAAGGUGGUGCCUUUGUGACGAAGAUUUUCAGGUCUGAAAACUUCUUCAAAAUCACAAAGGUACUUGAAGAGCUAUUUGUGCAAGUUGAUAUAACAAAACCCAUGAGUUCAAGAAGUGAAUCUGCAGAGAUAUUUGCUGUCUGCAGAAGGUUUAGAAACCCCGAAGCGAUUGAUCCGAGUAUUUUUAAUUCCGAGGUAUUGUUCUAUGAUGAGACAGUGGACAAGGAAAAGAACAAAAGAAUGCUUUUGAGCGAUUUUAUUAAGGACAAAAGCAAUAAGAUACUUAAGGAAUGCACAAAUGUCAUUGUCGAUUUUGACUGCGAUCUAAUUACGGAAGAGUACCGGGAGAUGUUCAAGGAUAUUAAGCUGCUUCAUGAUACUGAUCUAAAGAAAAUUUCCAAAUUGAAGGCCAAGAUUGUAAAAGGUGUCGGAAGCGGGACAUACGACAUUCCAAUUCUGAGCGAGUUAGUAAUUGCCGAUGAAAAAAACAACACACAAGAUAGAGUAUUGACAGAUGCUGAAAAGAUCGAUGAAAUCAAUAAGAAGCUGGAGGAAAAUAGAAAAGCCAAGAAAUUAAAGUCGUUAUCAUUGAUUACUACAGCAAGAGACGGAUUCUUCAAUGACAGAAUAUUUGAAGGGUUUGAUUCAUCUGAGGGCUCUGUUGAGGAAAUUGCAGAUAAACAAGUUGAGGGGGAGAUUUUAGUGGAGUCCUCAUGUUCUGAUUCCAUGGAAUUUACAGAAUCUGAGCUCCAGUGUGCAAUAAUGAUGAAAAACAUGGGUGAUAAGUUUAUUGAGACCACGGUUGAUAAAAAUAUUAUUGAUUCUGAUGAUAUUGUCUUGCCGUGUGAACAAAGGCCAUGCAAGUUCGACGAGUUCAACCAGGUUCCCAAGAAAGUGAGAGAAUAUGUCAAUAGAAAACGUGCACGAGCUCUGAGACGCGCAAAAAAAGCAAUGGAUGAAAUUGAGGUUGAAGACGAGGAAGAGGAGGCUGUAAUUUAUAAAAAAGUAUUUAAAAACAUGUGUAAAAAAGCAGAGGAAUCGGCUGAGACUACUUUUCCCGAAAAAACAGGGUAG